AUUUGUCCGCCAUCUUGCAUGAGUGCUUCCUGUUGGAGAGAUCUACACAGUAAAGUSGAAUACUUGUGCUUAACGCCAUGAUCCUGUUAGAACUAAACAACAAAAUCAUUGAAGAGGUACUGACGGCACGUUUUGCAGGUGGUAAAUUCGAAUCAGUGGACAUAACAGUUGCAGACUUUGAUGGUGUUCAGUUUCACCUUUCAAAUCCCAAUGGAGAAAAAUCAAAACUUAUGGUCAGUAUAACUAUGAAGUUCUUCAAGGACCUUCAAAAACAUGGAGCAGAUGAAUUGCUGAAAAAGAUAUAUGGAGAUUACAUGACUGAUCCAGAACCAGGAUAUGAUGUGUCACUCCUGUUUGACCUUGAAAACUUGCCUGGUGAUAGUGAAAAAGAGGAGCUGAUCAAAAAAGUGUCUCUCAUGAAGCGGAACUGUUUUGCUUCUGUGUUUGAGAAGUAUUUUGAUUAUCAAGCUCAAGGGUCUGGUGGAGAACAACAUGCUGUUAUAAACUACAGAGAUGAUGAAACUAUGUAUGUCCAGGCAACAGAAGAUCGUGUAACUGUUGUCUUCAGUACUGUUUUUAAAGAUGAUGAUGAUGUCAUUAUUGGAAAAGUAUUUUUACAGGAAUUUAAAGAGGGUCGCCGUGCUAGUCAGACAGCACCACAAGUUCUGUUUAGUCAUAAAGAACCCCCACGUGAACUUGUAGGGACUGACGCUAAAACAGGAGACAAUAUUGCAUAUGUUACAUUUGUUCUUGAACCAAGGCACACUAACCCAAAAGCAAGGGACAACACCAUAAACUUGAUACAUACAUUCAGAAACUAUCUACAUUACCACAUCAAGUGUUCUAAGGCCUACCUUCAUUCACGAAUGAGAGCAAGAACAUCUGAGUUUAUCAAAGUUUUGAACAGAGCAAAACCAGAAAGAGUUACAGAGAAAAAGACUAUCAAGGGAAAGACAUUUGUUCGUCAGUAGCUGCUGUAAAAUCACAAUCCUGCAAUCUAUCAAUGAUUUUUUUAGAGUAUAUCAAGUAAAAUUGUUAGAAAUUCAAGGCUGAUGUUUGAUUCCUUGUUAAAAUGUACUCAUUUUKAUUUGAAGCUUUUCAACCAGAGAGCAUUAACUUGUUAGAUUCAAUAUUUUAGGAGAUUUACAAGAAAAAUGUGUAAAUGGCAACUAAUAUUACUUAAGUCAUCUUGAUGAGUAUAUUUUAAAUAUUAUUGAACAUAGACUUGUUAUAAAAUAGUAAUUAAAAAACUGCAACAAAAAACGACAACUAAAGAAUGACACAAGUCAAAUUGUAAGUAACUAAAUUACUGAAUUUCUAGUAAAAAGCCAUUCAAAAAAAUUGUUGGCAUUUUUUUCUUUUAUAUGCAGUGUAUUUGUGGUCUAUAGUAUUGUAUUUGUGGUCUAUAGUAUUGUAUUUGUGGUCUAUAUAGUAUUAUCACCUUUGAAAUUUGUAUUACUCUGAUAUUAUUAUCUCUUUUCAGUAUGUCUUUGCAUAAUAAUCUAUGAAUUGACACGAGCAAAUAAAAAUUAUUUUUCUGUGU